AUGGAUAACCAAAGAGUGAUCUACUCUCACCUGAAUCUUCCCCCAAACCCAAGGAAGCAGCAAAGAAAAUCUAAGAGCACUAAAAGCUCCGUUUCAGAAUGUGAACAAGAAAUAACCUAUGCGGAAUUACGCCUUCAAAGAGAAGCUCAGGAUUCUCAAGGGGAUGGCAAAGCUUACCACUGCAAGGGUUUACCAUUCCCUCCAGAGAAGCUCAUUGCUGGGAUCCUGGGAAUCAUCUCUCUUGUCUUACUGUUCACUGUGGUAACCAGACUUGUCAUUGCCUCUACAAUAGCCCAGAGGCAGAGCAAUUCUUCGCAGACCAUAGGAACUCAGAAAGCAUAUCACUGUGGUCGUUGUCCAGAGGAGUGGUUCACAUAUUCCAGCAAUUGUUAUUACACUAGUAAGGAAUUAAAACCUUGGAAUGAGAGUUUGAUGGCCUGCGCUUCUAUGAACUCUACGCUGCUUUAUGUAGAUGAUGAAGAAGAAAUGAAAUUUCUGGAUUCCUUGUCACUUUGGUCAUGGAUUGGAGUCUUUCGUCAGAGCAGUGGUCAUCCAUGGGUGUCAAGAAAUGGCUCAACUUUCAAACUUAAAAUAGUUGAAAAAAAACGUGGUAAACGUAACUGUGCUGUACUAACCUCAUUUAGACUUCAAUCAGAUGAAUGUGGAUCUCCAAAGAUUUAUACCUGUAAGCACAAGCUUUAGAAGGAAAGCACCUGAGUUUGGAUUCGGCUCUGCAAUUUUAUAAUUUGUGAAAUGGAAAUAAUAUUUUUAUUGAAUAAAUCAACAUAAAUUGUUAUUUGUUUAUAAAUGAAAAAAUUAAAAAAUGUUUGCAGUAUAACACACACACCACAAAGAACAGGAUAUCAUCACUUUUGUGUCUGGCUCUUUUUGCUGAGCAUUGCGUGUGCGGCAUGUCACCUUGUUAAAGUUGUAUGUUAUGUGCGUCUGUUUAUAUGAAAUAUCAAGAAUAGGCAAACCCA